CUAGAAUUUGCUAGCAAAAUCCAUUCCCAUCUCUCUCAGUUUCAGAUAAUCCAGCCCCUUCUAGGAAAGCGGUUAAUAAAGCUGUUAAUCGUUGAAAAUCAGAGAACUCCUAAUAAGGUGAGGCAGUGAGCUAGAUUGAAUUUUUUAACAGGGAUACAAUAAUGGGUUCCUCUGUGAUAUCACCAGAGGAUGUGUUGGAGUCUUUGAUGAACGAUGGUACUAUUGACGCUAUCAGGCUCAAGAUAAUCAAUCAGCUCAAAGCUAAUGAGGAGCUGAAGAAAACCACUCUAAUGAUGGUUGAACAAAGUAAAGUUCUUAACACCCCUGGUGCAGAGAAACAGACUAAGAGGGAGCUGUUUGAUGCCCUUCGACAGGAGCUUGAAACCCCUGUGCUCGAGAGGGCCUCUAAAUCAGUUUGGGAGUUAAUGUUGGACAAUAAUGGGCUGGGGAAGGAAAUCAGUGAAACUGUUGAAAAAGUCUUUUGUCGAUUAAGUGGUAGUGAGCCUCCUUUAUUUCCUUCUUUGAGCAUUGAAGGCCAAGCAGAGAAAGAGCAGGAAGAUUUGAACUCUUCAUCAAAGAAAAGAAGUUUCAGCAAGAUGAGUGUGGAUGGAGGAGCAGAUGAAGUUGUAGAUUUGUCCAGCAAUUACCCAGCCAUGCCUGAGGAUCGUAAUCCAGUGCCAUCUUCCAGUGGACAAACGUGAAGACAUGAUUCCCUGUGUCAGAUGAGUUCUUUCCUGACUGUUAUCAAUAAUUUCUUCACGGGGUUUGAGCAGAUAUUAUUAGGAGCUUUGUAUGAAUGUUAUUUUUUCGUAGUUAAUCUUGUUUAACCUCCUUGUAUGUACAAUUCUAGAUUAUUCUGUAUAAUAGUAACAAAAAUUUUAAUUUUUUUGUGGACAAAAAUGAUACUUUUUUUUUUUUUU